AUGAAGGGACUUAUUCUCGUCGGUGGCUUCGGCACUCGUCUUCGGCCUCUCACCCUGACCCUCCCCAAGCCCCUCGUCGAGUUCGGCAACAAGCCCAUGAUUGCCCACCAGAUUGAGGCGCUGGUUGCUGUUGGCGUCACCGAUAUUGUGCUCGCUGUGAACUACCGACCCGAGAUCAUGGAGAAGUUCCUGGCAGAGUAUGAGGAGAAGUACAACAUCAACAUUGAGUUCUCGAUCGAGUCCGAACCCCUCGACACUGCCGGUCCCCUGAAGCUUGCCGAGAAGAUCCUCGCCAAGGACGACUCGCCCUUCUUCGUCUUGAACUCGGACGUCAUCUGCGAUUACCCCUUCCAGGACCUUCUCGCGUUCCACAAGAGCCACGGCAAUGAGGGCACCAUCGUUGUCACCAAGGUCGAGGAGCCCUCCAAGUAUGGAGUCGUCGUUCACCAGGCUGGCCACCCUACCCGCAUCGAUCGAUUCGUCGAGAAGCCUGUCGAGUUCGUUGGAAACCGCAUCAACGCCGGCUUGUACAUUUUCAACACCUCCAUCCUUGAUCGCAUCGAGCUCCGCCCCACCUCGAUCGAGAAGGAGACUUUCCCCGCCAUGGUCCGCGAUAACCAGCUCCACUCGUUCGACCUUGAGGGCUUCUGGAUGGACGUUGGACAGCCCAAGGAUUUCCUCAGCGGAACCUGCCUGUACCUGUCUUCGCUGACCAAGAAGGGCAGCAAGGAGCUCACUCCCCCCACCGAGUCCUACGUUCACGGCGGAAACGUCAUGAUCCACCCUUCAGCCAGGAUCGGCAAGAACUGCAGAAUCGGACCCAACGUCACCAUUGGCCCCGAUGUCGUUGUCGGCGAUGGUGUUCGUCUGCAGCGAUGCGUGCUGCUGCGCAACUCUAAGGUCAAGGAUCACGCCUGGGUCAAGUCUACCAUUGUUGGCUGGAACAGCACCGUCGGCCGCUGGGCACGUCUCGAGAACGUGACGGUUCUGGGUGACGAUGUCACCAUCGGCGACGAAAUCUACGUCAACGGUGGCAGCGUCCUGCCUCACAAGUCGAUCAAGGCCAACGUCGACAUCCCCGCCAUCAUCAUGUAA